AAGAUGCCUCAGCGCACUGCAUACAGUACCAAACCGCGAACACGCGGUACAUACUUUUUCUUUUUUUUUAAAUAAAAACAAACCAAACAAAAGUUUUGUGACCGGAUACAUUGUGUUACUGAGGAUUUGGUGACUUUUUGAAGUAAACGGGCGCGCUCAUCCAAGAUGGUGCACCUAAAAACCAUGCUGCUGGGAGUCCUGAUAGCGGUGACGUUGGCCUCAGCCACGCCGCGCAGGCACAACAAACGUGAUGCACCGUUGAGCUCAUCUUAUGGAGCUCCAGGAUUCGGAGGGGGUGGUGGUGGUGGAGGAGGCGGCUUCGGUGGCGGCUUCGGCGGUGGAAAGCCAUCCUCAUCGUACGGCGCUCCAAGACCAUCAUCCAAAUACGGACCUCCUUCAAAACCCUCAAGCAGUUACGGUGCACCAUCUCGCCUAUCUUCAAGUUACGGUGUCCCAUCUAAACCAUCUGGGUCUUACGGUGUGCCCAGACCUCCAGCGACCAGCUACGGUGUACCAACUGGACCUUCGACUACGUACGGAGCUCCUAAGAAGCCAUCGGGCUCUUACGGAGUCCCUUCAAGCUCUUAUGGCGCUCCUUCUGGUUCAUUCGGAGGCGGCGGCGGCGGUGGAAUUUCCGCUUCAUACGGAGCACCAAGCCACGGCGGUAGCGGUGGUGGUGGCGGUGGAAUCUCAUCUUCAUAUGGAGCCCCUGGUCAUGGUGGUAGCGGCGGUGGUGGAGGAAUCUCAUCUUCGUACGGAGCCCCAAGCCAUGGCGGCAGCGGUGGUGGUGGAGGAAUAUCAUCUUCGUAUGGAGCACCCAGUCAUGGUGGCAGCAGCGGUGGAGGUAUCUCUUCUUCAUACGGAGCCCCUAGCCAUGGUGGAAGCGGCGGAGGCGGUGGCGGCGGAAUCUCCUCAUCCUACGGCGCCCCUAGCUUUGGAUCUGGCUCUGGAUUUGGAGGAGGCGGUGGAAUUUCAUCAUCUUACGGUGCUCCUAGCCACGGGUCUGGCGGUGGUGGCGGCGGCGGUGGAAUAUCAUCCUCCUAUGGCGCACCUUCCAGCUCGUAUGGAGCACCUUCGUUUGGUUCAUCUGGAGGCGGAAGUUCAUUUGGCUCAUCUGGCUCAGGCGUAUCAUCCUCUUACGGUGUUCCCUCAUCUGGAUCCGGAGGAUCUUUCGGUUCUGGCGGUGGUAUUUCAAGUUCAUACGGAGCUCCUUCGUUCGGUUCAUCUGGUUCAGGUGGAAUCUCGUCUUCAUAUGGAGCUCCUUCUGGAUCGCAUGGUGGAGGUGGAAGCGGGCCCUCUAAUUCGUACGGUGUUCCCCUAUCAUCUGGCGGAGGUGGAUCAGGAUUUGGUGGCUCAGGAUUUGGAAGCAGCGGACCAUCUUCAAGUUAUGGUGCACCUGCAUCUGUUCCCUCAAGCAGUUAUGGAGCGCCAAGUGGUGGCGGAGGAGGAUACUCUUCAGGAGGAGGACAUAGCUCUGGUGGAUCUGGAGGAUAUUCUUCUGGUGGCUCUGGAGGAUAUUCUUCUGGUGGCUCUGGAGGAUACUCUUCUGGCGGAUCCGGUGGAUACUCUUCUGGGGGCGGACAUGGUUCAGGUGGAUAUUCUUCCGGAGGUUCAGGGGGUGGAUAUUCGUCUGGUGGUUCAGGAGGUGGAUAUUCUUCUGGCGGUUCAGGGGGUGGAUAUUCCUCUGGAGGUUCAGGCGGAGGGUACAGCUCUGGAGGUUCAGGAGGAGGAUACAGCUCUGGCGGAUCAGGUGGAUAUAGCUCCGGCGGAUCUGGAGGUUAUUCCUCAGGGGGUGGACAUGGAUCUGGUGGAUAUUCCUCCGGUGGUGGACACGGAUCGGGUGGAUAUUCUUCUGGCGGUUCUGGGGGUGGUUAUAGCUCUGGUGGUUCCGGAGGCUAUAGCUCAGGUGGGGGACACUCCUCUGGAGGCGGAGGAGGUGGCUACUCGGCAGCAGUGCCAGCUACCAUCAGCCAAGGCUAUGACUCCAGUGGCGGAUAUGUGUACUAAGUCUAAGUUCCCAUUUCUUAUUCAUGUAAGUGGUGGAUAACACUAGCACAUAAAAUGUGGACAGUGCCUUAAGUGUGAGUUUUUGAAUGAAACUUCGUCACCAGAAUUAGAUAGAGGUAACCUUUGGAAUAGAAGAGAAUACGCCAUUCAAUGCAUAUUGUAUGAAUCAAAAACUUACUCUAGGCUCGGAUCUAUGAUCAGUAUUAAAAUGUUACCACUUCAAAAAUUACAAAUAGAUACAUACCGUCAUUGUAAAGUGGCCUAACCCACGGUUUACAGAAUUUUCGUAUGAGGAAAAGCAUCACCUAACUUAGUUUUACUGUUAAAUUUACCAUUUACUGUAUCUGUCAAUGUCACACCGCACUAUGUUAUUGUACUUUACGAACAAUUGUAAUGUUUCUGUUAACGCAAUUGGUUUUCUAUUACUUGAAAAGUUAUGUCUCUCUAUUUAUUUACACAGACUAAAGGAAAAGCAUAGAUGGAAUCUUUGAGAACAAAAUCGUUUAUUUAUUAAAAAGUGUACCUACCAAUCGAUGUAUAUAAACGAUAAUAUGGUUUGUCUUAUGUGCUAUUGUAUGUGUAUAAAUCUUUCUCUUAUUAUAUAAAGUGUAUUAAAUAUGUUUUUAUUGAAAUUGGAUAAUCCAUCUAUUUUUCCUCUAGUCUAAGUCUAUUAAGUGAAUUGGACUAUCAAGCCCGUCUCGGCGCUUUCAUGUCUAAAAGUAUUACACUAUAUGUGUGUAUUAGUUAGUAUUUAAGUGUAACAAACGAAUGUACAAACGAAGUAGUAUUUAAGUAUUAAUUGUUUUUGUAUGAUAAAUAAUGAAAUAAAAAUUUGUAAAUAAUU